AGCGUAUAAAGUAAACUGGAUGGAGGAUCCACAACUGCGAGACAUAGCCCUGACUCUGGAGGAAUUUCCUAUCCCCGACUAAACAUUUGCGUCCACAAGCGUCAGCAAGAUGCCGAAAGUUAAAGCGGAGAAGAAAAGCAGGCAGCAUCAGGAAGUGAAAAACCAAGGCAUAAUGUUCAACACAGGAAUGGGCCAGCACAUCUUGAAGAAUCCUCUUGUUGUUAAUAGCAUCAUCGAAAAGGCUGCACUAAGGCCAACAGAUGUGGUUUUGGAGGUGGGUCCAGGAACUGGUAACAUGACAGUUAAACUGCUCGAAAAAGCCAAGAAGGUGGUGGCGUGUGAGGUGGACUGCAGAUUGGUGGCUGAACUGCAGAAAAGAGUACAAUGCACACCCAUGCAGACCAAACUUCAGAUAUUAGUUGGGGAUGUUUUAAAAACAGAACUGCCGUUCUUUGACGUGUGUGUGGCUAAUUUACCGUACCAGAUUUCAUCGCCAUUUGUCUUCAAACUGCUGCUUCACCGACCUUUCUUCAGGUGUGCCGUGUUAAUGUUCCAGAGAGAGUUUGCCAUGCGCCUGGUGGCGCCACCUGGAGACAAACUCUACUGCAGGCUGUCCAUCAACACUCAGCUUCUGGCUCGCGUGGACCAUCUCAUGAAAGUAGGGAAGAAUAAUUUCCGUCCUCCUCCCAAAGUGGAGUCCAGUGUUGUGAGGAUAGAGCCAAAAAAUCCUCCUCCUCCAAUUAACUUUCAGGAGUGGGAUGGCCUGGUCAGAAUAGCCUUUGUAAGAAAGAAUAAAACCCUCAACGCUGCGUUCAAGUCGACCGCAGUCGAGCAGCUCCUGGAGAAGAACUACAGAAUCCACUGCUCGGUACACAAUGUGGAAGUGCCAGUAGACUUCAGCAUCACCAAGAAAAUAGGGAGCGUCUUACAGGGAGCAAAAUUCAGUGAAAAGAGGGCCAGGUCUAUGGACAUUGAUGACUUUAUGGUAUUGCUUCAUGCGUUUAACUCGGCCGGGAUCCACUUUUCUUAAAGGUAUGGAGGUGAGGAGACACACCAGUGCAUGGUGUUCAGCAGCUCAAAGACUACAGAAUUUCUUCUGUCUGGAGCCCUAUGAGAAAUUUUUAUCUAAUUGUAAAAUAUAUAUGGUAUAUAUAUAUGUAUACACACACACGUCAUGAACUCAUAUUGAGCUUCUUCAGUGUACUAUUUAGUGUUAUACUGAGCAUAUAUGGGUUUGUAUGUCAAGAUUAUCCUUUAACCUCAUCAAAAUCUUGAGAAAGCAUCCUGUAAUAAAAUAAUUGCCCCUUGACAAAACAUCUGAGUCAGGAUUUAAACUUGGGUUACAGGGAGGGAUGGGAAUUGAAAACUUUUUUUUGAGAACUGGUUCCCAAUAAUACGAUUCCUAGCAAUUGUUUUGCUCGCCUGACAAUCCUGCUUAUUGAUUCCGCUUCCAACACAAUGCUCACUUGUUUUCUUCUUCUAAAGAGUCAGCUUUCUAUAAUGCAAAAGGUAUUUUGCAAAACCAUAUAUAUUUUUACAGAACAAUCCAUAUAUUGGGAAAUUUACCCACCGGGGGAAAAAAAAACCUGGAUUAAAAGAGUUGAUAAACUGUCAGGAUUAAUGAAAAAGGCUCUGCUUUUGACUGUUCUCAGUAUCAAUUUUAAAAGUUGUAUAAUUUCGUCAUAAACAUUUCAUUUUCUCCGGACCAAUAAGAGUUGUACUGGACAAUUUACUAAGGCACUCCAAUAUCUUGUAAGGUACUCAAAAACUGCAUACAUCUUUUUGGUGUCUUGACAUACGUAUGAGUGCAUACUGGAUAUGAUCAACAUAAUAUGCUGUGAAGAUUUUUAAAGAGUAAAAAAAUAAAAAAAGUACUGCACUAUUGGGAAACGAGUCAUAGAUAAUGGAAUCAGAAUCGCUAAAUUCUUAUCAAUUUCAAUCUCUAGUUACUAGUGGGAGGAAGCUACCUUUUUACAUGGAAUAAACUGUUCUUUACUCACAAAUCAGACUUGAAUGAUUAAGAGGUGCUACUGCUUAGCCAAAAUGAACUUGCAGCAAUACUCCAUGCCGAUGUGCCUUGUAGGAAUUGCGAGUAGCAUUGUGCAGUCAGUCACAAAAUGACUUUGAUAUUUCAUGUCAGAAUUAUUUUACAAUACUGAGCAUUUCAUAUACUUUUCAAUAUAAUUCUACUUAACAAAAUAUGGUUCCGUGCCCUAAACGGCUGUUUUUUUAAAUGAGAUUUUAAACCUUGGCCUCUUGCUACAAAGACUACAAUGUAAUAGUGUUCUUCACUAUACAUUUAUUGUUAGGUGUUUCCCAGUUGUUUUUAUAACAAAGUGUAAUGGGUGGGAAAUAUGUUGAACAUCAAGUUUAGAAACUAUUGACGCAUAGCAUGAAAUGGCACAAAUAGAAGCGUACUACACUUAAGUCUUUUUCAGGGACACAAGAAACAUCGUUAGCACAAUUGCCUGAGUCACUUUUGGACGUUUUUGGAAAACAUGAAAAAAAAAUCAAAUUCAACCUUCAGGAUCUGGAAAUCUACAAAGAAAAAAAAAAAAAAAAAUUCAAGUCAAUCUUAAUUUUAAUGAAGCACACAUCAGUGACUUGUGCUUUUAGGCUAACAAUAUUUCACUCCGCUGCUUCUUCCGCACAGGUAAAAUGUGAGAGGGAAACAGACUGCAUAUCAAACAUGACUAUAGAGUGCCAAAAAGCAUGAGGAUGCCAUAACAUCAUUGCACAAGCAGACUACGUGUUAGCCAGGGCAACCGGAAACCAAACACUGGU